CCCGGAUUUACCGGAAGUGACGUACAGUGCGGGCUACUCUUGAUCUGUUUACAUUGACCAAAAGAAAUAUAUUAUGGAUGAUAACAGCUAUGCUAGUGAUUUAUCGCUGUCAUUUCAAAGCUCAUCAUUUGAAAGCAUUGAAGAAGUUGACCCACCAACUGUAUCAGAAGAUGACAUUCAACCAUAUCAGUUUGAGCCCGAACUUUCUGAUGGUAACAGCGACGAUGGUAGAAAUAAUGCAUCACUGGACGGGGACGACGAUAUGGAACAAAGAUUAGGAAAUACAAACUGGUGUGACUGUGGGAAUUGUGAGUCUAUGCCUAAAGCAGAGGAAUGCAUUUGCUGCCAAGAAUUAAGGAGAGUUACAGAAAAAAUGGAGGAACUAACCACUCCAGUAUCAUGCAUAACAAAUCAUCCUGGAUUUGAACCAGUGUGUCUUAACCAGUAUGUUCUGGAAACUGCAUACUUCCAAUACCGACAGCAGUAUGGAGAAAUACAAGUAACAACUGAAGAGAGAAACCGGUAUACAGCCUAUCGUCAGUUAGCAAGAUGGUGUUGGGGUUACCUAGGAAAGUCAGUACGUGUGCAUCUCCCAGCUUGUGCUACCCUUGCAAUUCGGAAGAAGUUCCCCUCAAACCAAUACAAAGGUUUUGAAGAAGCAUAAACAUUAUUAAGACUAUUUACAUGAUUCACUACUAUUAUUAUGUACAACUUAUCAUUAUUUAUUUCAACCAUUAAAUGUCAUCUAACUUUUUUAGCACUUAUAUCUUUAGUUAACACUAUUGUCUAUAUUUCUGCCUUCCUGAAUCUUGAUUUCAUAGCUUGUAUGGCAUCAGUUUUCUGUUGUCGUGUGAAAGCUGCACACAGUGGUCUUGGUGUUGGCAUUGGUUCCUCAGAUGUACUCCGAAUCUUUGUUACAUCAACUAUUUUCCUAAUAGACCUUAUA